AGCGUUUCAUGUACACAGAGUCAGAGGACCCAAGGCAUCAACACGAUUCAAGACAAAAUAUAUUUUCUUAUAUAUGUAUUGAUAAUUGUUAGCAGGGGGGCAACCCGUUAUCUCUAGACACCGAGUGAGUGUUUACUGCUGUGUUAACCUCUGACAGUAGUAACCAAGACUUUUUUUCUGUGACUGCAGAAAUGAAGUCCAAGAAGAAGAAGAGACAGGAUGAUUUCCAGAAGGUCAAGUUAAAGGUGGGGAAGACGAAACCAAAAGCUGAUAAUGCCACCAACACUAACUUCCGCACAAAGGGAAUCCAUCUAACUGAACAGCUGAAGAGAGACACAAGUGGCCCCACCACACACAGACAGCUUGGUAUUAAUGACCUCCUUUCCCAGCUCCACCAUUACAAUGCCAAUGUGAAAAAUAGUGCCUUGUUGGGGUUGAAAGAGUUGCUGUCCCUUAACCCAUCUCUGUUAGAGCAGCAUCUUUCUCGCCUGCUUUCCGAAGUGGCAGCUGUUUUCACAGACAAAGAUGGCAAUGUUCGGGUUGCAGCUACACGUGUGCUCAGGUUCAUUGCACAGUCCGUGCCUGCAGAAAGAGUGGCUCCAUUUUUCCCCCUCCUCAGUGCCCACCUGUCUUGUGCCAUGACCCACAUCGAGACAGGCAUCCAUGAGGACGCCAUGAAGGUUCUCGAUGUGUUGCUGGAGCACUACCCUGCUCUGCUAGCAUCACGGCCUGCAGUCCUCCUCACUAACUUCUUAGAGUUGAUCUCUCACAGACAAAGCAGCACAGGAGCAAAAAAGGCCCAGGAUCCUAAGGGACGAACCUGGGCGCUGUCGGUAAACCCUAACAGGGCUGUGACUAGUCAGCAGUGGCGGCUCUCUGUGCUCCUCAGGCUUGGCCGCUUUCUGCAGGCAGUAGUUGAGGAAAGACCAGUAGAGGAAAGUGAUAUUUUUAACCCAACUGAAGGAGUGUUUGGCUCGAGUGGAGAGGGCAGGCUUACACCUCUGUAUCUCAACUGGGAGGACCUCACCUACAGCAAGGUCGGAGUGAAGGUGUACGAGUAUUCUGGGGCCAAACCUACUCCACGGUCCACCUUCAGACUCAGACCCGAGAUAGACCCUGGACCUGCAGUGGGUGAGAGUCUGGACUCAGCUGAGGCUGUCCAGAGCUUUGCAGCCACACUGGUGCCUCUUCUGCUAGAAGUUUGGGUGGAAGCCAGUACCAGUGACUCUCCCGGGAACAACACUGAGGGUGCUCACCUGCUCACUCCAGACGCCAUGUCAGUCAUGUUCCAGGUGUUGUCUAUUCUUCAGCUGCUGAGAAAACUGGCACCACAGCAGGAGCACCAGGAUGCACUGGAUGCAUGGUUCUACAAAGAAUACCUGGGUGAAUUUAAGCAGCACUUUAUGAAAAACUUUCCCUAUGGUGCUCGGGACACACCCAAAUCUAGAAAGAAGGUUGAUCUCAAAAGGAAUAAGCAGACUGCAGCCAUCCCAGGAUUGACAGUGGAGCCUCUGGCCCUAAACAUCACACUGUGCCAGGUCAUGGUGUCCCUCAGUCAAAGGCAAGGACUAGGACGAGAGACGGAUGGAGAGUGGCUGACACCUCUGAAGACGUUUGUCCGAGACACUCUGAGCAGUGGAGUGAAACUGAGCUACAGGCAGCUCCACAUGCUACUGGGCACCGUAUGGCGGAUGGUGCUCACACAGAGAAGCAAAACAGUGACAGAGGACCUGUUAGCAGCGGUGUAUGUCUACUACAAGCAGAGACACCUGACUCUACAGACACGAUCUCUGCUGCUGUCUUUCUACAGCAAACUCUACCUGCAAGAGCAAGGACAUACACACAUAGCGAGGAGUAAAGUGCUGUGUCGUUGGUUGGCAUCACUUCCUCUGCAGUUGUCCCAGCUGGACCACCGUAACCCUGCUCUCUCUGCACGACUUCUACUGUCCAUCCAGGCUGCUGCUUCUAGAGGACACAAAGACCUGCUCAACAGUCUGCACACACACGCCAGCACGCUUUACGAUCCACAGGAAGGAAUUAUGGUGCUGUUACCAGCAGAGUCCCAGCAGCGAAUGGUGCAGUUGCUGUACUUUCUACCAAAGAUGUCCCCGUCUCUUCUUGCUAAUCUGAGCCACUGCUGCACCGCUGGACGAAUCUCUGCCGGCCUUGCUGCCUCCCUCAUUCGUAUCGUACACCUUAGGUCGUCUCUGAGCGGGUGGUCGGUUGGGAGCCAGGAGGCGGCUGUGCAGGACGUGGACUACAUCAGCUUCUUGUUCUCCACCCUGACUGGAUUCACAUCCGACAAGCUCGCUGCCCUGCAGGAGGCCGGCGACGAGAACAUCCUGCCUCCCUCCCCUCUUUCACCUCUCAGCCUCUACCCCACCCCGAUGGAACAGUUCACACACCACUGGGAUGUUGUUGAGGAAGUCUGCCACUGUCUGGACACUCUGGGCUCAAAGUCUCAGUGCUUUGACAUCUUACAAAACGGUGUUUGUAAAUACUUGACCAAGUUAGGGGUGGUGCCCGACAAUAUGGCGGCUGGGCUGCUCAGAGCUGUCUCCAGAUUACUGGACCUGUCCAUCCUACCCAUCGAGCCCGUGCUGCGCUUCUUGUCUCAGUGCUGCCUCAGCCUGCUGGCUCUGCUCAUCACCCUGCAGCAGGAGCUACCUGCCGAAACUAACCAUAAAAGGGAGGCGAUAUGGGGUGCUUGUGUGUCAGCGUUGAGCACCGUUCCUCGCCUGCUGAGAAUGGUUCUGCAGUUAAUGCGUGUUGGAGAUCUGAGUGAGGAGGAGCUGCCACAGCUGGGACAGAUCCUGUCCAUGCUCCUGCAGCACACGCCGCUCCACAACCAGCUGCUGGCCAACGCUGCGCUGCUGCAAGAGAUCAUACAGCACCUCACGAGGUAUUCCCGGGGUGCGACCAGGGAGCAGUGGUUGACGGACUUGCUCUACUGUUACAGCGUCACCGUGGCUCACGGCUCUUCUGCUCGUCGUGGUAACCUGGGUCUCCGAGACAUGUACUGACCCACCUGACCGUCACCUGGUGUGUUUCUCAGUUCACCCUCUCAAACAUCUCGCAGUGACUUUUACAAAAUCAAAGCACUCACAGAGCACAAAGUGAUGCAUACAACAAAACAUUCAGACAGGAAUACAGUGGGGUAGUGACAUGUUUUUUUUUUUAUUGUACGUGACAAUGAAUACUCCACAUUCUUGUUUUAAGAGCUCCAGUUUUUUUCUGUGUCCUAAGCUGCCUCUUUAUUGCUUCAUUCUUAGUCUGGUAGUUGUUUGUCCUCCUUUUGCCUCCUCGGAGUAUUGUUGUUGCCAAACGUUGUCUAGGGCUUUCAGGGGCACCUGGUGACUUUUGAUUUAUAAAAACUAAAUUUAAAAAAGAAUAAAAAAGCAAAAAAAUAAAUAAAUUAAAGCUUU